GCGCGUGAAGAAGACCAAAACACUGUCAUUACAAGCCUGGCCUAUCAGAAACUCUUUAAUCUGAGUCACGUGUAUGCAUCGAAACGCUGAUAGGAAGGCGGCAAGAUGAGAGAGAAACUUGUGGCACUUCACUGGUGGAGAAGAGAGUCAGUGCGUAAAAGUUGAAGUUCACCACGCAGCUGCGCUCCAUCACAGAAACCUGGACCAUAACACAGAUUUCCUCCAGUGAAUACACGAAAACAAAAACAGACCCGGGGAGAGAGGCUGGAAAAUUGGUUGUAUGGCACCUCAGUCGUGCGUGAUGAAUCCUGCGCAAGGAUCACCGCCCUCGGCUGCUCAGGGGGAAACCUCUCCUGAGGACCGGGUCUCCGGGAGCAUGGGAACUGACGAGCUGGAUCUGUCACCUGUCAGGAGGACAAAGAGUAAAAGUUCCGAUUUACCUUUCAGCGUGGAGUCCCUCAUAUCAGACAGGACGACGGACCGAUGUAUCCCGAGCUCCGAGCCUGGUUCAGGCUGCGUCCGGGUAGAGGAGACGGAGUGUGCGUCCCCGAGAGGACUUUAUCGGUCCAACGCAGAGGCGGUGGACCUCAGCGACAGGGAGACGAGCCCCUGGUUUCAUGCACCUUACGCAUCCCCUCCAAGACUGCCCAGCCCGAACUCAUGCAAUCUAAGGAAACACAAGAACAACAGGAAACCCAGGACUCCUUUCACAACCUCUCAGCUGCUCUCUCUGGAGAGAAAGUUCCGUCAGAAACAGUACCUCUCCAUCGCGGAGAGAGCAGAGUUCUCCAGCUCGCUUGGCCUCACAGAGACUCAGGUCAAGAUCUGGUUUCAGAACCGCAGGGCCAAGGCCAAGAGACUGCAGGAGGCCGAGCUGGAGAAGUAUAAACUGGCUGCGAAGCCGCUGCUGCCGGCCUUCGCUUUUCCCUUACCCCUGAGCGCACCGAUGGGCGCCCCGGCCCUGUAUGGGGCCCUGAACGGACCACGGCCUGCCUUACACGUCCCGGGACUUUUCAGUGGACCUUAUGGGAUGUACUACUUGUCCUAACCAUGACUCAAUUUGGACAAAUGGUUUUUGGAAAGCUGCCUUUAGAAAUGCCUUCAUGCAAAAAAAUAACCAGCACUGCAAAAAGAUGUCCAUGUUCAUUUUGGAUCGGAUCCUUUAGGCCUAUUAAUGUGUACAAUAUGUUUUAGUCAAAGCUCGAAUUACAUGGUUUUCUUUCACGUAAACAGUAUUUUUCUGUUGGUUAAUUUAAGACUUUUCAGUUCAUUAAAAGUAAACGCACAUAUGAGUGAGAUAUUUUCACAGGUCACCCCCUCUUUUGAUAUUUCACGCUAAGUUUCCCCCAAUGAAAAUGUAUGAAUAGGUGUUUCUGCAGCGUUAAGGAAAAUAAGUGAAUCCCAUAUACAACUUGAAUGCCGCAAAGUUUCAUUGCCACGUUUCCUGGUGGCCUUCAUCGGGUGAAAGUUUAAAAUCACCAAACUUAUGAUAGUGUGGUAUUGAUGCGAGCUUCUCUUAUUUUUCUCUCUGCUGUAUUUUAAGAACCCUGUAUCACCGUGAUGUGCGUAAAACCUCACUGCGUCGGCAUUUCUGAAAUGCAUAUUCAGUCAAAUCCACAAAAAUGACCAGCUGUGCCUUAACCAAUGACCUUAAAAAGACAAAUUCCAUGGCCUUUUCAUUCCUCAUACUUGAGUUAUCAUUUUAAUGUAGCAAGUAUAAAUGAAAUGUUUAUUUGAACACAUGUAGCUUUGGGUUUCAAAGCAGAAAACCAUCGUGUUUUUAUUCCAGAGGCCUUUAAACAUUUCUCAUCUUUACAAGACGGGUUUUAAAUUUGUGGUACGGAAAUCAAAGAUGAUUUAAUUUUGCCCACAAACCACACUAUUAGUAUUAUGUGAUGAUCCUGUUGAAUCAGAGACAUACUGUUAGUAUAUGGUUUAUAAUCAGACUGUCUCAGUGAGCUGAAGAAAGGUCUGUUUGGCAUAAACAAUCUACAAGUUCUACCAGAGGCUAAAAGAGGUAAAUACACAAACAAAAGGCUUACUUCAAAAAGUGCAACUUUACCUUUAUAUUUAUCAUCAGAAAACAUGAAGCAGACCAAAAGCUCUUAAUGUGUUUUUGUUUUUAUGAAAUCAAGAGUUUGAAAAACCUUUUAGAGGUUUCAUCUUCAAAAAUAUUUCCUGUUGUCUCAGCAUGAAGCUGUUGAAUACUAUGCAGACUAUCUUGAAUGAUGAGCCGCACGAUCUGAUGAAAUGAAUUUGUGACAUAACCUAAACCACACACUUUUUCUCUAACUUUGUCAUUAUCUUUCUCAGUUUUAAACUUUCAAAUAUUCCCUGUUGUCAUUUUAAAUUUGUCCUUUUUACCUCAGAGGGGGAGUUUUUGCACAGAUGUUUAACGCGCUCUUAUAAGUCACAGUCAUUCUUCACAAAAUGUAAAUAAAGGUCAUCGGCUUUUUCUGAGCACAAUGAAACCGUCAUCAUGACUGAUGGACUCGGAUCAGUCUUCAGUAUUUUAUAUAUCUGGUGUGUGACAGGUUUUUUGUACAUUAUUAAAGUAUGUUAUGUAAA